AUGUCCUUGCUGACAAAUGAAAUCCUUGGAGUGCAAUUUAGUGAGCCACAAUCCCCCUAUCCAACUCUCAGAGUCAGCCAAGAAUCCAAGGACCGGGUCCCACGUUACACCUUACCUUCAACGGUGGGUGCACUUAAUCACGACCCAACUCGCACUCGAGCUCCGGCGUUUUCAUUUGGGGUUCGGACCCGAGUUAGCAGCGUGCAGUCCUCCUCACCUGGACCUAAGUACAAUACCCGAGGCGUCAAUGAACACGGGCGAUUACAGUCUCAGCAGACUUCACUUUCAGGUAGAGAAAAAACCAAAUUUAUUCAUACUCCUGGACCUAAAUCAUACAACGCUCAAAUAACAGAAGCCAAAGCUCCUUGUUAUUCCUUCGGGAUGAGAAAACCCAACAGAUCCAAAGAAAAAAUAGGUCCGGGACCAAACAAAUAUGAAUUGCCGGCUUGUAUCGGUCCGAAAAUUCCAUACAUGAAGUCGGUGCCAGCUUAUUCCAUUCUUAGCCGCAACUUUUUGUAUAUCAAACAACACCAGACUCCAGGACCAAAAUACUUAUUGCCAGCUCCUAUUAUUUAUCUAAAGAAACCACCUCAGGUAUCUCUUCUGGGCCGAUGUAAACAAAAAUACAACAACGGAAUACCAGGGCCAAACAAGUUAUGAUCCAAAACCAACUUAUGAAAAGAGAGAAGCCAUGAAGGGCAUCAGUUUUGGCAUCAAACAUUCCUUGGAAAAGCAAACUGUUUACUUACCUGAGGACAUAGAUGACGUUUUUGUUUUGUAACAUAAGGUAAAAAUUGUAUAGUUGUAUUCUUAGUGUCUUGUUAAGCUUUAAUUAAAACACAACUGCAAGUAGUUUUUCUGAAUACAAAAUAUUUAAUAUAAUGGUGAAUGUUUAUAAAAAUAAUUGUAAUAUAGUAUUAGAUCCAGUUAUAAAUUAAAUAAUUUUUGUCUAUAACGAAACAGUACUAUAUCUCCAGAUCACAUUAAAUCUCUGUUGCAGAAUAUAA